AUGUAUUAUAAUAAUAUGAUGGCAACUACAACAUCAACUGAAGAACAUGAUAUAUUUCAAUAUCAUUCUAAUUUUCAAAUUCUAUCCAAUGGAAGUAAAUCAACAACAACAACUUCACCUAACAAACAACAACAACCUUUAAAUUCUACCGAUACUACUAUUACUACUACUAACGAUACAUUAUCAUCUCUAUCAACUGAUAAUAUACCAAUGGCUAUUUCACCCUCCUUGUUAUCGGUAGAAGAUUCUACAACAGUCUACAGUACAAGUUGUAAUGAUUCAUCACUCAUGAUGGAUCAACAAUCUUCAUCAUCACUCGUUUCUUCAUCCAUUAUAAACUCAACAAUAUCUAAUAAUAAUAAUAUUAAUAAUAAUAUUAAUAACAAUAACAAUAAUAACAAUAAUAAUAAUAUUAACGGUUCAAUUCCACUAAUAACACUCAACCAAGAACAAAAUGGUUCAGAUCAUGAUGAAUUAAUUGAUGUACAUAGUUCAUCAUCCCCUAAUCAAUCACCUUCACAUUCAACUGGAACACCGACAGAUGAAGAUUCGUUUACCUUCUCCAAUUUAAAUUGUUCUAAUAGAAGUAUUAAUAUUGCAAUAACACCAACAACAAGUUUAAAUGAUUUAACUGUGGAAUCAUCAAGUGAUUCAUUAUUAUUAUCAGAUAAUUAUUCAUUACAAUAUCCUCAAUACUAUUCUAAUCAGACAGAUCCUAAAAAUUUACUUUUCCAAUAUUGUGUUGAGGGAAAGGAAGAUUUAUUUAUUGAAUUGUUAAAAGAACAAAUUGAAUCACCAAAUCAAACAUUGGGAAAUUCAUCACUUGAUGCUAAUAGAGUUUUAACAAGUCAAUUCAUUUAUCAUGAUUUUGAUAAAUGUACUCUAUUUCAUUUAUCAAGUAAAUUUAAUAGAGUCAAUUCAAUGGAGAAAAUGUUGGAAUAUUUACCUUCAAUUUUAACAUUUAAAGAUUCAAAACAAGCUAAUUGUUUAUUUUAUGCAGUUUCUAAUAAUUCAAAAGAAGCUUGUGCUCUAGUUUGUAAUUAUUAUUCAAUGAUAAAUGGUUUAUCAGAUAAGAAAUUUACAAAUGAAUUAGACAUGUAUGGUAAUUGUUGUUUAUAUUUGGCAAUGCAAAAAUCUUUUUAUGAAUUGGCUGAUUUACUUUUAUUAUUUGGUGCUAAUAUUGAUAUUAGUUUUAAAACAGGUGAAACAAUGUUACAUAGAGCUAUAACAGAGAGAAGAUUAGAUAUUGUUGAAUAUUUAUCAAAGAAGGGUGCAAAUUUAUUGAAACAAAAUCAAAAUAAUGAAAAUCCAUUAUUUAAUGUAUUUGUUCAUCAGAAAAAGAAGGAAACCAAUGUAAAUACAAGUCAAGAUAGUAUCAAUAGUACUGGUAGUAAUGGUGGUAAUAACAAGACACCAACAAGUUUAGAAUCACCAACUCAUAGUGCACCACUCUUUUCAUCAAAUAAUUCAAAUUUCUGUAGAAAUGGAGCUCUAUUUUUACAAAAUCUAUUGAAAAGUAAUGCAUUUUCAAGUGAAAUUAUAAUGAAAGGAUUAAAACAAAAGAAUUCUCAUGGACGUACAAUGUUUCAAGAAUGUAUUGUAAAAGGAGAUUUACCAAGUUUUAAAGUACUAGUUGCCUAUUUAACAACAAGAGAAAAUUCAGAACAAACUCUUUCAUGGUUUGUGAAUGAUGUUGAAAAUCAAAAACAAAGAACUUCACUUCAUUUAUCAGUUGCUUACAAACAAUUUCACAUGUGUAAGAUUCUAGUUGAUGCCAUUCCAGGUAUUGCUAAAUUAGAUACACUUGAUUCUGAUGGUAAAACUGCAAUGGAUUUGGCAAGAGAAACAAAUCAGGAAAAUACCAUUCAAUUUUUCAAUGAAAUUCAACAAUUACAGAAAGAAAAGAAAAGUUCUGGAUUUGGUUUUAAAAAAUUAUUUAGAAGACUGAAAAAGUAA